AUGAUCCAGUUACUAGACGGCUGCGGAAGCAGUAGUGUUGAGUACCCAAAGAUUACUGUUCUUGAUGCUAUUCUAAUGAUUCAAGAUGCCUGGACCCAACUCAAGCAAGGGACAAUUGUUAACUGUUACAAACACGCUGGUUUUGUCCGAAGCAAUGUAGAAAGUACUAUAACUUCGAACGCAGAUGAUUUUGACGAAGAAGACGACGUUCCGCUGAGCAUUUGGGCGAGGGCUAUUGAUAAGCAUCAGUUAGCCAUAACAAACGAGGACUUUGAACAAUACGCGUGUGUCGAUGAUGCUGUCGCCACUUGUGAAGAACCGUCUGAUGAAAAAAUUGUGGAAAAUAUCAUCGCCAACGACACGAAUAGCAAAGAUAGCGACGGUGAUGAUGACGAACCAGAGGAGAUUCAUUCAACCUUGAGUGUGUCUGAAGCUCUGAAGGCUGCGGAAACGCUCAAUGUGUUUGUUCAGACUAACUUCGAUGAUGAUCUUAUGAAAACAAUGAUGUCACGAAUUCACAAUGCUGUACGAAGUUCUUACUACCGAACAAAAGUUUGUCAAAAACAAACUCAAAUAACAGACUUUCUACGUUUGUAA